AUGUCAAAUUUUUUCAAAAAGUUAGUUAAAAAGGAUGGUACUCCAAAGAGUUCAAGAAAAUCCAAAUCUGAAUCACCUGUUGGUAAAUAUGAUAUGAAUGGCAACCAAGUUGUACCAGAUACUGCAAGUAGCUACAGUGACGAUAGUAAUUCUCUAUCCGACUCAUAUGAUAAAAGAGGUGAACCAAACAUUGGAGAACAAAUCGAUACAUUGGAUGACUACAAUUUUGGUAAUGAAAUAGGUGAUGCCGAAUCCGCUCCAGAAGAUAAAAAAUCAUUAUGGAAAAAAGUUGGUGGUCUAGUUGGAAAGGAUCCAAUGUCUUUGGUUUCAUUACCAGUCUACUUUUUUGAACCAUUAACCGUUUUAGAAUGUCAAUUAGAACCAUUACGUUUUGUAGAAUUAAUUGAAAAAGCUUCAACUUGUUCUGAUUCAAUCGAUAGAUUAAUGUAUUUAACCGCUUUUAAUAUUGCUGUAUUUAGUUCAUAUACAAGAACUGCAAAACCAUUUAAUCCAUUAUUGGGAGAGACAUUUGAAUAUAUUGAUAAACAAGGUAGAUAUAAAUCAUUUUGUGAACAAGUUUCACAUCAUCCACCAAUUGGUAUUGCUCAAACUACAAGUGAAAUUUUCGAUUUACAACAAGAAUCAUGGAUUACUACAAAAUUCUGGGGUAAUUCAUUAGAUGUUUUCAGUCAUGGUCAAAAUCAUUUAUAUUUAAAUUCUACUGGUGAACAUUUCACUUGGAAGGUUCCAUCCGCAAUUUGUCAUAAUAUUAUAUUUGGAAAGAUGUGGAUAGAACACUAUGGUGACUUAAUAGUAGAGAAUCAUAACACUGGUGAGAAAGCCAUUAUAAAUUUCCAAAAGUCUGGUUGGUUCGAAGGUACUCAAAGAAAAGUACAAGGUGAAAUUCUUGAUUCAAAGGGUAAUGCACGUGUACAUAUUAAUGGUAAAUGGGAUAAAUAUGUCAAAGCAAAGAAACACUCUGAAGGUCCAUCUCGUAAGAGUUCUGGUGAGAUUACACUUUGGGAAGCUACAAUUGAACCACCCGAGAAUUUCAAUAAAUGGAAGCAUGGUAAAUGGAUUCAAGGCUUAAAUGAAAUGUCUAAAGAAUAUCAAGCAGUUUUACCCUCCACCGAUUCAAGAGUUCGUAUGGAUAGAAUUUACUUGGAGAGAGAAGAGAAUAAACUUGCAAAUAAAGAGAAAAAUAAAAUUGAAGAGCGUGAAAGAGAAAAAAGAAAGACUAGAGAAAGUAGAAAAGAAAUUUGGAAACCAAAUUAUUUCUCAAAGAGAGAAGAUUCAAAAUAUGGUUAUCGUUGGGACUUUAAUGGUAAAUAUUGGGAUGAACGUGAUAAAAGAGUUGACUCUGUCGUCGAUAAAUUCAAAAAUGAUCCAAACUUUGAUUCAAAUAAAAUACCAGAGUAUGAUGAUUCUAAAUUAAAUAUAUCCGUAAAGAGUGUCAGAAAAUUCAGUAGAGAUUUCACAAAUUCAAGUACACCAACUCAAUUAAAGAGAUCUUUUAGUAAGCUAAAACUUGAAGAACAACCACAAUCUCAAUCUCUCCCACCAAUGAUCAAAGAAGAAUUAUCUUCAUCAACUGUUGACCAUGAAGAAACUUUUUACUCUGAAUCAAAUGAAGCAAAAUUAGAAUCUAUUAAAGAAGAUGCAAAUUCUCAUACUUAUAUUUAUUCAAGUCCUACAAUUGGUCAUAGUGGUAGAUAA